AUGUCGACCCUCGCAGCUUUCCGCCUACCAAACAUCACUAACGAGCCGAACAAGCAUUAUGAGAAGGGAGGUCCGUCGCGCGAGGCCCUGGCUUCUGCGGUGGUAGCUCUGCAAGAGAAGGCGCCCCUCGAAGUUCCUCUAGUUGUCUCUGGAAGAGCUGUCAAGACAUCCUCCAUCCUCACACAGAACAGCCCUUCCUCCCACGCAACCGCCGUGGCCAAAUACUCCAAUGCCUCGACCGAAGAUGUCAACAGGGCCAUUGAAGGUGCCCUCGCUGCAAAGCCCGCCUGGGAAUCUUUGCCCUUCGCCGAUCGAGCCGCGAUAUUUCUCAAGGCCGCUGAUUUGAUCAGCACAACAUACAGAUAUGAGCUGAUGGCUGCAACAAUGCUGGGACAGGGAAAGAAUGCAUGGCAGGCGGAGAUCGAUGCGGCCGCAGAGCUAAUUGAUUUUCUUCGAUUCAAUGUACGGUAUGCGGAGGAACUAUAUGCGCAGCAGCCACCAUACAACUCUCCAGGGGUUUGGAACAGAGUCGAGUACAGGCCACUGGAAGGCUUUGUCUAUGCUAUCUCUCCAUUCAACUUUACGGCUAUCGGAGGGAAUCUGCCUGGUGCCCCAGCUUUGAUGGGAAAUGUGGUAAUCUGGAAGCCCAGUCCGUCGGCCAUUGCGUCCAAUUAUCUGAUCCAUCAGAUCCUCAUCGAGGCUGGACUCCCUGCUGGCGUCAUCCAGUUUGUACCCGGUGACGCCGAGGAAGUUACCAAGGCUGUCCUCAACCACAAGCAAUUCGCAGCUCUGCACUACACGGGAUCGACGGCUGUCUUCCGAAAGCUAUAUGGGCAGAUUGGACAGGGCAUUGCCGAAGGGAGGUACAAGGGUUACCCCAGAAUAGUGGGAGAAACUGGCGGAAAGAACUUCCAUCUGGUCCACAACAGUGCCGAUAUCACCAAUGCAGUGGUGCAAACAAUCAGGGGUGCGUUCGAGUAUCAAGGUCAAAAAUGCAGCGCUUGCUCCAGACUCUAUGUGCCGUCGUCGAUAUGGCCCGAGUUCAAAACCAAGCUUGUUGAGGAAACCGAGAAGCUCAAAGUUGGACCUCCAGAAGACUUUGGAAACUUUAUCGGACCAGUCAUUCACGAGGCAAGCUUCAAGAAGCUGUCUGGUGUGAUCGACGCUGCGAAGAACGAUAGUUCACUGGAGCUCCUUACUGGUGGCAAAUACGACAGCUCAAAAGGGUGGUAUGUGCAUCCUACCAUCUACGUCGCCAAAGAUCCCAGCCACCAGAACUUGAGCACCGAGUUCUUUGGACCGAUUCUGACAGUCUAUGUCUACGAUGACGCCGCUCCGGAUGCAUUCGAAAAGGCCUGUAAGCUCGUAGAUAGUACUUCGGACUAUGGUCUGACAGGAGCGGUGUUCGCUCAAGAUCGUGCGGCUGUAAGGUAUGCCGAGGAGGCUUUGAGGAAUGCGGCGGGCAACUAUUAUAUCAAUUGUAAGAGUACAGGUGCUGUCGUUGGCCAGCAACCAUUUGGAGGUGCACGCGCUUCGGGGACAAAUGACAAGGCUGGAUCAGCAGCGAUCUUGUCGCGGUUUGUCAGUAUGAGGUCGAUGAAGGAGGAGACGUUGCCAACUACAAAGGUGGAAUAUCCUUCCAAUGAAGUGUAG